AUGGAGUUGCUCAAAAUUUUACCAUCAAGAAUCCUGGAGAAGACGCCGUUCGAGUUAUGGUUAGUGAAGGUGUCGAGCAAUGCAGACCUACAUCUUUUUGGUUACACUGCUUACAUGAAAGUCCCAUCGACGCAGCGGAAGCAGCUGUAUCCGAAAGCCGUCAAGGUCACACUCGUCGGCUACUCAAGUGUACACAAGGCGUUGAUGUUUGUCGAUCCAACUGAGAGGAAAACGGUGGAGUACGAGUCGAUUUUAGUUCUUGUCAACGAAGAGCCUGAACACGUGAACGAGAAUGUUUUGUGCGAAGAUGAUGCAUUUUCCUACGAUAAAGAUCGAGAAUCCGACACCAGAGCUUACGACACCACGUAUGAAAUCGAGAAUGAUGCCGAACGAACACCGCUGAGACGUUCAACCCGUAGUACCAAAUGUAAAAUCCCUGUUCUUUGUUCCCAAAACUACCGGUUUCGAGAGGAAGAUUUGUACCAGACUAAGGUGGUGCAAGGAAGCCAUCAAUAG